GAGGCCAGUCUUUUCAGUGAUUGCAAGAAUAUAGUCAUACUUAUAUUCAAAAAGUUAGUAUAAAAAUAUUACUCCUAUGUAAAUAAAUCUCAUCAAUUGACACUCAGUUUGCAUAAAACAAUAAUACCCCAUAUGAAGAAAUCUAUCGACUCUGAAAACUGACUAGUUUCUAUAGGUGGUAGAUAUGCUCUGAUAAAACUAGCUUCCUGGAUAUGUUCAAUGCAUCAAUACCCUCCUCUUCUAGCCUCUUUUCUGUGGGUGCCAACUGCCAAAUCUAAACCUACCUUUGCAGAAACCAUUUGGAGAUAAGUUUAUAGAAUAGUAGCAAUAAGAUAGAUGUAGCAGUAGUAUUUUUCUCAUCACCUAAUAUAUUUUAUUUUUAAUUUUCGAAUUUGAAGAUGAUUGGACCACAAUAAGGCAUAAAAGUUGGGGAAAUAAGAAAUGAUCUCAUUUACAUCUAUUUUUGUUAUCUUGUUCCUCCCCCGUUAUUGCAGGGUAUUAUUUUGAGGGUCUUGAAAUAUGUGAUCUUCUUAGGCAGACACAUGGGAAAAAGGGUGUUUUUCACUUCUCCUCUUCUGUUCUCCUAGUUGGUUUUUGGGGUUCAGCUGAUUGCUUUUGAGAUUAAGCAAAGUACCCAUUUGUGAUAUCUUUGAAAGGUUCUGGUUCUUUUGGAGGGUAUUGAAACAAAGAGCAAAGUCAUGGCAGAUUGGCAUGGAAUCAUGGCCAACAACAGUGGUGGUUGCAGUAGGAGAUCAAUGAGAGAUGAAGAUUUUGAUGAAGAAGAAGUUUGGUCUUACGAGAAGAAGGAAGAUUCAAGUCCCACGCUAAGGAAAUCUAGGGAGUCCUCAACUUCUUCCUCUGCAUGGCGCCUUCCAAGCACACCAAGAAUGAUAGGGAGAGUUACCAACUCAUCAGCAAGCCAUGAAACCAAGUUGGCUCAGCAAUCAUCAGCUCCAAUGAACAUCCCUGAUUGGUCCAAGAUAUAUGGCAAGCAUGCAAAUAUGGAAUCAUCAAGAAACGGUUCAUGGGUUGACAAUAGGGAUGGUAUGGUUUAUGAUGAUGAAGACUAUGGUGGUUGUGGAGAGGAUGAAGACGAGGAUAUAGUCCCUCCACAUGAAUGGCUAGCUAGGAAGCUUGCAAGGAGUCAGAUUUCUUCUUUCUCCGUUUGUGAAGGGAUGGGAAGGACGCUUAAAGGCAGAGAUCUCAGCAAAGUGAGGAAUGCAGUUUUGACAAAAACAGGUUUCCUGGAGCAGAUGUGGAUGCUGCCUGAUGCCAAAGGCAUUCCGAGGAAAUCUAGAAUUGGGGAUGAACAAUUUGUGGACUGUGAUCUGAAAAUUGUGAGUGUUUUUUGUCCCACGUCUUACUUAUCUAUAUGCUUGAGCUUUGAAGAGCCUGCUUGUUGGCAUUAAAAGCCUGCAUU